GGCAACGUCAGCUUCAACCCAUCGCCCGCCGCCCUGAACAUCCGCUACUUCUCCCAGCAAUAUAAAGCCCACGUUCCUGCUUCUCCUCCCACACCUCCUUUAACUCCUGCCCAUCACCCAUCCAACGCAAUGUCUACCGCAAUCACUGGUAUCGCCCUCCCCAAGGAGUUUGCUUACCCCGCUGCGGCGGUGGUUUCUACCUUCUACCUGCUCCUCUGGCAGUCUAUUCGUGUUGGUGGGGCCCGCAAACGCGCCGGAAUCCAGUAUCCUCAAGUUUAUGCCGAGAAGGCUGAGGUCGCAGAGAAGAAGGAGGCCCACGUCUUCAACUGCACGCAGCGCGCGCACCAAAAUACCCUUGAGGCGAUGCCUAUUGUUGUCGGCUCGACCCUCAUCGCCGGGUUGACGUACCCUGUGGCCGCUGCUGCGCUCUGCGGAACUUGGGUGUUCUCGCGCAUUAUCUACUCCAUCGGGUACUCGACUGGCGACCCCAAGAAGCGCAACCUUGCCGGCGCGGCUGUGAUCGGCAGUCUUUCCGCCGUCUCUCUGAUUGGGACCGCAACUGCUACCGUUGUUUCUCUCAUCCGUUCCCUGUAAUACGGGUAACGAUACGCGUGCCUGGGUAAUACUUACAACAUGUGACGGCUGCGGCCAAGCCUAAUAUACUAUUGCUAAGCGUC